CAAAAGUCACCGACGGGGACGUAUACACACGGCUGAAAGACAGGGGCUAGCACUGUACAGUCUUGGGGAAGAAGCAUUUCUUCGUGCGCACUUUCAGGAGCACAAUGAAGUACUUACAAUACUGAUGAGAAAAAGCUCAAAUACCGCAUUGAAGCCAGCGCGAGCCCUGUGCACGAUGGCGAGCCAGGAGUUGUCGGCAAAUGGGAACAAGGGGCUCGACAGCACCGGUGCAAUGGAACUGUCCGCAGACGCGAAGCUGCGAGAGGAAGGGCUUGGCUCGCUGGGCGUGCUGCCGGAUCACUUGCUAUCCUACAUCAUGUACCUGCUCGACGUUGAGGACAUGGUACGCGUCUCCUGCGUCAGCCGGCUGCUGCGUGUGCUGGGCUGCGAGGAGCCGCUGUGGCUGGCGCUCAGCCUGAAACUGCAGAACGGGCUCGUGGAAUACAAGGCCAACUGGCGGCAGACCGCGCUCGCCAGCUACCGGCGGCCCCGUGCCGGGCCCGUGCCGCCCCUCGCCGUGGCGGCGGCCGCCCGCCCGCCGGCGCCGCUGCCCGGGCUGGCCUCACUGUUCCUGUACAAGCGCUGGUAUCGCUGCCAUGUGGACCUGCGCGGUUUCCUGCCGCCGCCAGACGCCGCCACCGUGCCGCGGGUGGUGGCGGCGGGCGGGCCGGCGGCGGCGGCGGGCGCUGGCAUGAGCCCAGCCGAGUUCCGGCGGCUGUACGACGGCCCCGGGCUGCCGGUGCUGCUGCAGGGCCUGCAGGACAGCUGGCCAGCCGCCUGCUGGAGCCUGCCGGCGCUGUGCGCGGCCUUCCCCGCCGCGGCCUUCAAGGUCACCAAGCCGCACGGCGGCCGGGCGCUCAUGACGCUGCCCGCCUACGUCGACUACAUGGCACGACAGGCUGACGAGGAGCCUCUGUACAUCUUCGACCCGGACUUUGUGGAGGCGGCGCCGGGGCUGCGGCGGAUGUACGACAUACCCGCCGUGUUUGAACAGGACUACAUGGGUGUGCUGCCGGGUGGCGGGCGGCCGCACCACCGCUGGCUGGUGCUGGGGCCGGCACGUGCGGGCGCCUCCUGGCACGUGGACCCCUCCCUCACCAGCGCAUGGAACGCCCUGCUGUCGGGCCGCAAGCGCUGGGCCCUGUACCCGCCCCACAGCCCGCCGCCGGGCGUGGCGCUGUCGGACGACGGCGAGGACGCCCGCCCUGACGACGCCGACGGCCUGACCAGCCUGCAGUGGUGGCUGGAGGUCUACCCCUCGCUGCCGCCCGAGCGCCGGCCCAUCGAGUUCGUGCAGGAGCCGGGCGAGGUGGUGUACAUCCCCGGCGGCUGGUGGCACGCAGUGCUGAACCUGGAGACGGCGGUGGCGGUCACCCAGAACUACGUGGGCGACGCCAACCUGCCGCGCGUGGUCGCCUACAUGGCGGCUGGCUCGUCGGCCUACUUCCGACAGCCGCUGAGCUACUACAGUCGCGAGGAGGUGGCGGCGUGGCGGGCGGCGUACCCCGGACCCAUGGCGGCGGCGGACGCCGCGGCGGCGGCGGACGCAGCCGCCAGGGCGGCAGCGGCGGCCAGGGACAGCGCCAGCGGCGGCGGCGACACGAGCGGGAGUGAGGACUUCAGUGGCAGCGAGGUCGAGGUGGAGGUGGAGGGCGAGGGGGCUGGGGACAAGGCGGGCAGGGUAGGCGAUGGAGGCAGCGACAGCAGUGACGUGGAAGGGAGUGGCAGCGAGAGCGGCAGCGACCCUGCUGCCAGCUGCCUGGAUGAGAACGGCGUGGAGGGCGGAGGCGGCGGCGGCGGCGGCGGCGGCGGCGGCGUGGAGUUAGCGGCGGCGGCAGCGGUGGUGGGUGCAGGAGACGGCGGCGGCGGCGAUGACAGUGGUGGCUGCAGCAUUCGCCCGCUGGCUAGCCGCUGGCUACUCGGACCGGCGCGGCCAUCCCGUGAGGGGGGAGUGGCGGCGGCGACAGGCGCGGGGUCGGAGGCGGAGGUGGGGGCGGAGGUGGAAGCAGGCGCAGUAGCGCUCCUGCCGCUGGGACCCCGCUCCGCUGCCGCUGCCGCUGCCGCUGCCGCUACUGCUACAGCCGGCGGCGGCGCUCACGGCACCCGCACCCGCACCCGCACAAUUACAACCACAGUUACAACCACCAGCGCUGCGUCAAAGCAGGAGCAGGAGGAGGAGGCGGAGGCAGCGACGUCGUCCGGAAAGGCGGACGAGGCGGUGCAGCCGGAGGAGGAGGACGACGAAGGCGGGCCGUGGGAGGGCCCCGACGCCCCGCCGGCGCUGCGCUGCUGGCGGCGUGAGCGCAUCCUGGGCCGCUGGCUGCGGCGGCUGUGGGAGCAGCGGCCCCAGCUGCGGCCCGCGCUGGGCUGCUGCCUGGCCGCCAGUACGGCGGCGCCCGUCUGGGCUGCCGUACUUGCCGCCGUGGCCCGACAGCACAACACCCUGCUGCGGCGGGCGGCAGCGGCGGCGGCGGCGGCGGCUGGCGCUGCCGGAGGAAGCAGCGCAGAGGAAGGCGCGCACAGCGGCGGCGGGCCCUGCAACGGGCAUGCCGGCACGGGAUCGGAGCAGGGGCAGGCGCAGGCGCUGCAGGGAGGGGCGGCGGAGUCGCAGUCGCUGCAGUCGCAGUCGCUGCUGGCUCUACAGGCGCUGGUGGGCGCUCCGGAGGGUCGGGGUCUGCUGGGUCUGGAGCUGAUGCCGCUGGUGGGAGCGGAUGCCCUGGUGUUCCUGACGGGGGCGCCGGCGGCGGCGGCAGCUGGAUCCACUGCUGCGGCUGGAUCUUCGGGACCAAUCGCUGGAUCCAAAGGGGCUCAUGGCGUGGCGGUCAAGGUCUUCACGCACGAGCUGCCCGCCAUGCGCGGCCUGAUGUGCGCACUGGAGGCGCACGUGCCGCUGCUGCUGCGCGGCCGGCUGACCGCCACCGCCGCCCACACCACCGGCCUCGGCCCCACCGCCCUUGGCUUGGGCGGCGGUAGCGACGACUCCCACGGCGUUGCGGCCGCGGCGGCGGCGGCUGCGCUGGAGGCGGCGGACCAGGUGCCGCUGCCUGCCUCGUGUGGCCUUCUGUCGGUCCGGUUCCCCCAGGCUGGUGCGGAGGCGCACGGCCCGGGGGACGCGGACGAGCCGCGCCACGUCAGCGGCGGCCGCCGCCGCCACUGCCACAACGGCAGCAGCAACCCUGUAAAGGAGCAGGCACCGGCGGGCGGGGAGCAGCAAGAGGAGCAGGAGCAGCAAGGGGCGCAGGCGGCGGCCGGGCAGGGGCGGCAGGGCGCAAAGCGCAGUGCUGCCGCGGCGGACCUGUCGCCGCGGGAGGCGGGGCGCAGGAGGACGAAGGCUGCGCCGCCGCCGCCAGCGGGCACGGCAAACACUGCGCCGUCACAGCACCCGAAACCAAUGGAGGUGGAGGCGGUGAAGCCUCUUGGCGAGGGAGGAGCGGAGGAGCAUGAGGAGCCGCCGCAGCCGCCGCAGCCGUCGCAGCGGGCACGCGCGGCUCCGGAGCACCGGCUGUUGUACCUGGUAGAGCAGCGGAUGCAGGGCUCCCACGUGCUGCCCGAGCUGUGGGACGAGCUCUCACACCACCAGCGGCAGCAACUGGCCACCGCACUGGGACACCUCAUCGGCCGCAUGCACCGAGCAGCAGCAGCAGCCGCAGCCGUAGCGGCCUCCGGCACAGCAGCGGCAGCGGCACCACAAGCCCAACCCCAGAUGGAGGUGGAGGUGAAGGCGGAGACGGCUGCGCCGCCGCGUGCAGCGCUGGCGGGCGUGGGCGGCAGCAGCUGGGAGAGCCUGCUGCGCAGCCGUGGCGUGUGGCACGACCGGGACGGCCGCAUCUGGGUCUCGGGUCUGGGCCGCGUGUGCAGCCCCCACAGCGCAGACGACAGCGACAGCGACAGCGACGGCGAAGGCGACGGCGAGGAGGAGGCGGCAGCGCGGGACGGUGGCGGCAGCAGUGCUGAUGGCAAGGCAGGUGGCGGCCCCUCGGCAGAUCGAGGAGAAGGUGCCGCUGCAGCCGCAGCCGCAGCCGCGGCGCCCGCGCCGUCGGCGGCGCCCCAGCGGCCGCGGCGGCGCUGCCACGUGCCUCUGGACAGCCCGUGGUGGCCCUUCGUGUCACACCUGCGGCGGCGGCAGCGCCGGCUGCUGCGGCGCCUGGCAGUGGCGGCGGGGCCAGCAGCGGCGGCGCAGCCGCUGCAGCCAGCGGCCCGUGGGUCGGGGCCUGUAGGAGGAGCGGGUGCGGCUGAGGGCGGCGCCGCCGCCCAGUCGCCGCCGCCGCCGCCGCCGUACGCCAGGCCCGCGGCGGGAGACGCGGAUGAGGAGCUGCCGGUGUGGGUGCGGCAGCAACUGCCGGCCUACCUGCCGGAGGACCCGGCGCAGCUGCUGGGCUUCCAGCUACAGCCACCGGAAGGCGAGAGGCGGGAGGGGGCGGGCGGGGAGGAGGCUGUAGCAGCAGGCGGCGGGGGCGCCGCCGCAAGCGGCCCCGGCCCCGGCGUGCCGCCGCUGCUUUUGCACGGCGACGUCACCUCUUCAAACGUGGUGCUACAGCCGCCGCCGCAGGCCGCCGCUGAUUGUGCUACAGCCAACGGCGGCGCCGCAGGCGCCGACGUAUCCACCGCCGCGCCCGCCGCCGCGACUGCUGCUACAGCCUGGUCGCCUGUGCCGCGGCUGGUGGACUUCUCGGACGCGGGCCACGGCGACCCGCUUGCUGAGUUGGUGCCUGUGCUGGCCUCCUGCCUGGGCUGCCACGUGGGCCACAUGCGGGCCUUCUGGGCUGCCUACACGGCGCACGUGGACCCCCGCGCGCCGAACGGCAGUGGCACCAGUGGCCGUGGCGAUGGUGGCGGCAGCGCAGGGGCUACAGGAGAAUCGGCGGCGGGGACUGCGGGCGCGGCCGCUGCUCGGGGCGUGUGGCCGCUGCGUGGCAGUAGCAACGGCGGUGGCGAUGGCGGUGGCGGGCGGGAGGCGCUGUCGUACGCGGCCAUGUGCUACUGCCUGAUCCACGAGGAGGUGGACGUGCUGCUAGAGCGGGCGUGGGACAGCCUGGGGGCUGUAGCAGCAGUAGCACCCGCAGCGGCCGACACGGCCGCGGGGCCCACGUUGGAGCGGCUGGCGACUGCGCUGUGGGGUUUCCUUGAUGAGGCAGAGGAAGGGGGGCGGCCGGCGGCCUAGGCCCCGGCGCAGCCGUAGGUGUUGAGAGUUGAGGUUGUGUGCGUGGCGGGAAGUGACGGCGAAUACCCGUGACACUGGUAACCUGAAACUCACCCCUGCCUGUAAGUCCUGAUACUAUGUAUGGUCACGUACAAUUACCAUUUUACAAGUGUAACGGUGACAACCCAAACAGCCACAAUCUAUUAACCACAUAAGUCUCACCGUGGAGGUAAGGGGCUUACAGGGGAUGGGGUGGGGGGUUGGAGCCAUGAGUGGAGUGUGUUCAGUGGCAGCGGCACGCAUUACGUACCGUGCAGGCUGCCUCGCGCUGAACACCCCGCUUCCUUCCUGGUGUCCACAGUCCACUCGCACAGAGGUGAAACUCAGAGAUACCAUGGACGGCAUGGAGCUUGACGCGCCUGGCGGAGUGCUGGUGAGGACCAGCAGGCGCCAGGCCUACCCUGGGACAAUUGAGUUGCGGCUGUUAUGCUAGCUGGAUGGCUAAUGCCCAAGUUGCAUUGCACGUCGUGCACGACCACAACAGACCACAACGUGCGUGGAAACUGGCUUGUGUUGCGUGUCAGCACGCACGCGUAUCAUAGUUGCGCAUAAGUGGAACUGUGCUUCCGCGUGUCUGUCAAUGAGCAUGCGGGAGAGCGGGUCUGUCGAGGGCCGCGAGUGGCACGGAGGGCCGGGGGAUCGAGCCAG